AUGCCAAGCAACCGACGCUCCGUCAUACACUACAAGCCGCUCGUUCGCGCAGGAACCUCCAGCCGCACACCUUAUCCUACCACCCAGGUCUGUCGCAGAGCCGUCGCACAUGCCACCGUACAAGAUGAGUGCAGUGACUACCUCCCAGGAUCUCGCCCGACGCCCAGCAUGAGCAACGAAAACGAAAAGCCCAAGUCCCCCGCUGAAUCGGUCCACGAGAUGCCGGCCAACACCAAGAUCGCCAUCGGCGCCUGCGUCGGCGGUGCCUUCGCUCUGCUGCUCAUGCUGGCUUUCGCGAAGCCGUUCAUCAAACGCUGGCGCUGUCGCCGCCGCGGCGAGACGCAGCACAUCUACUGA